AGAAGAAAAUAAACAUUUUUCUCCAACCUCAAAAGCAAGUGAAUUUUUAAAGCAAUUUUUCAGGAUAAUUAAGAAAUCAAUGAUUUUAUAAAUUAUCGGAAUCGUUUGUUAUUGUAAAAAUAUGUCAGCGGCAUCUGAAGUAAAUUUGAAGCAAACUUUACGUAAAUUAGAAUUUCCUUUAUGUGCUAAGGAAGCGUUAAAUAAAAUAGGGGAGCUAAUAUGUGGUCGCAUCACCAGCAUAAAGAACAUGGACUUGGCCCUAGACCUCAUGUCAGAAUUCAUCUUUUGUGAAGUAGAUCGACGCGGAAACAAGCGCUCUUCCCCCUUGUCAGCCCUACUAGAACUUCAGCUGUUGGAAAUUCUAUUCGAGCACUUCAAUGGACUUACAAAUGAAGCAGCCCGAAAUACAGUUUUUCUGUCCUUAUUUAGUGGAACCACUGCGUUACAAAGGGCUGGAAUCCUGAGUAAACUCGUAUCUUUAGCAAUUGGAAUCCCUUCACCAGCAAUUCUAACAUCUGCCAGUACAUGGAUGCAACAACUAGGAUGCACUUCUGCUCACAGUUGCAAGUUAGCGCAAGCAAUUGUACAUGACUAUUUUCACCUAGUGCCUAGUGCAGCAGACAGAAUGAAAAUAUUACCAGAUGUGGCGCCACAAUUCACAGCGAAUUUUUUAACAGCGGUUGCAGAAAACUACUUUAAUUCAAAGAAAAAAGAUCAGCCAUAUCCUUCUGAGUCUUUACUGCAAACUAUCACACAAUGGAUUUCUCAAAAUGCUCAUCUGUGCAUAGCUGCACAACAAAAACAAGCUGCUUUACCCCCAGGUGCAAUUGCAAUGGAAGCUACAACAGCUAUUGCUGGGUUGAUAAGAUGGUGUACGCUGGCGCCUAUGUAUGAACAAGAUUCACAACUAUACAGUCAUUUACACUUAGCAUUACUAAAUAGUAUUCUUGAGAUACCUCAUACAACUCCACCAAAGGCGAUUUGUGCGCAACAUUUAGCCACAUCAUUGAGAUUUAUUCUUUUGUAUAGUAAUAAAACUGGCAAACAAAGUAAUUUGCAGUUAGCUUUAGACCGAUUUGCUCAGGCUGUCCAAGUCGCUUUAUCAACAAAAUGUGUUUAUGGAAAAAUAGAUGACUUAAUACACCAGUUGCAACAACUUCCAUUUAAUAAACUUAUGAGCAUAGUAAUUAAUACACAUAAAGAAUGUAAGUAAAUUUUAAAAUAAAUUCAUUUAUGAAUUUAAAA